CAAGUUCAAGGGUAGCAUCCAGUGCAGGACAAAGCUGAAUUUUUCUCUGUGCUUUGAACACAGAAGAUGACAAGUCUCUGUGAAUGGGGGGGGGGAAGGGAGAUAGCAUAGUGGUAUUGCAGACAGACUCAUUCCUGAGGCUCCCAGGUCCCAGGUUAACUCUCCUUGCCUCCUUCAUCUGUCUGAGAAUGUUAAGAGAAGACUCUCUUAUUACUCAUUGAUUGAGCUAGCAUGCCCCAAGGCAUCAGAAUUGAUUCCAGUACUCCCCUCUGAAAUAUGGUUUGAACCUGGGAUCAGGAUGGCCAAAUCAGUGAGCCAUAAACUAUACAGGACACAGAUGUUCUUCCCAGACAGUCACUCAAUCGCAUACAACCCAACUAACUACCUGCAGGCCAGCUUUCCUGAGGUGAUGCUUUUUUUUUUUUUUUUUAAAUAAAAGGAGGGAAGGUAUGCUGAACUAACAAAAACAUUUCAGCUUCACUAAUUAAGGAUGAGGUGCCUGUGGAAGACCGAGUUCUGGGAUUUAUUUACCCAAGUUGAAGGCAAGCUGCUGUACUUGAAGUUGAUUGGAAAAUUUGAAUCUAUUUGUACAUUACCUAGAAUCUGGUGACUUUCUUGUACUGCCCAAAGUUUUUUUUUUUUUAUCUUUUAUUUAUUGGAUAGAAAUAGCUAGAAAUUGAGAGGAAGGGGAAACUUUGCAACUUGAAAAUACUGUAAACACUCUAAAUGGUAAAUUAAGAAAUAAAAGUGUAGAGUCACAAGUGUGGCGAGCACUGUCACAGCAGACUUCCUGCCUUGAGGUUCCCGUGCCCAUUAUCACGUGAGCCAUCCCUUGUGGGAGGAGUCUUGUGGCUUGCUGCACGCAUGCGCCAGCCCGCCCUGCUGUGACCAGCCAAUCAGUGAUGACCCUGGAUGAAGCUCUACAGGGACUUUUCCUCCUGACCAAUCCUGAUUUACCUCAGAGGCGAGCGCUGGCGCGUGCGGCAGCAAAAGCAUUAAGAAAGGAUAAAAAUCGUCUGGCCCCGGGAUUCCGGGCCAACGGUUGCUACCACCAUGGCGAGGUCGAGGUCUAUCUCCAGCGACUCCGGCCAGCUCGGUGACCAGAGGAUGCGGCGGGCGGGGGAGCUGAGAAAACAUCAGAGUGUGCUGAGCUCUGGAAGAAAACACAGGGGGAAAUCUGGGAGGCUGUCCAUCGAGAGCCAGAUCCUCAGGGGCUACAGCCACGAAAAGGAACAGAGGAGGGACCUGAGCUAUUCCGAGGAUGACAAUGAAGAGAAGAUGCUGGUAACUGAGAAGCAUGGGAAGAAAAGGAUUUCUGCAAGAAGAAUUGAAGAUAUGGGGAGUGAAGUACAGAACAUGCUGGAAAGAUUUGGAGCUGACAUUAACAAGACUCUUCAUGCCAAGAGAAAAAGACUAGAAACAUAUACCAAAGCUUCUCUUAAAAGCAGUAACCAGAAAAUUGAAAAUAUCUGGAAAACCCAACAAGAACAAAGGAAGAAACUUAACCAUGACUACUAUCAGCAGUUUCAGAAGUUGUUUCAGCAGUGGGAUAUAGAUAUACAGAAAACUGAACAACAUGAAGAUGAACUAAAUAGUUUGUUUCGACAACAGCAAGAGGUUUUUCAACAAUCUAGAAUUGUUCAAAGCCAGAGACUGAAAACACUUAGACAGUUAUAUGACCAGUACAUAAAGAGCAUGGAAGAGUUGGAGAAGAGUCAUGAAAGUCAACUUAGUAAUGCACAAAAUGAACUGAAAAAAGAAAUGGCUCUGUUGCAGAAAAAAGUCAUGAUGGAAACUCAGCAGCAAGAGAUGGCAAAUGUUCGAAAGUCUCUUCAACCCAUGCUAUUCUGAGGACUCUUUGAAGGAAGAACUUGAACCUAAGUAAUACGAUACAAUUAUAAUAUUAGCUCAAAGGCAUGCAAGGUUUUAAGGUGGUUUAAAAUACUAUUUUAAAUAUUACAUACUGUUAAUCAUUAGCUUGUGAAUGGCUCCUCUUUUAAGUAAAACCUUAAGUUAAUGAAUGAGGAGCAGCAAUUCCUAAAUUACAUGUACCAAAUAUUCAGUUCAUAAACAGUGAAUUUUUCUAACACUUGUCAACUAUUAGCAAUAAAAAUAAUGUUUUGGGUUCAAUGUAACUAAUCAAUCACAAAAUGUAGAAGGCACAAACAAGGAAAGUUACUUUUUUUAAAUACAAGUUCUACUGUAUACGUACAUUCUUUUGUAUUAAAAUAUAUUAUCAAUUCUCAUGAAAAUAAGAUUUCAAAAGAAAAUCUAUUCUAUUGACUUAUGAACUUUAUUAAAUGUAAUUUAAGUUUGGUUCUUUGCUAAAUACAUUAAAACAUGGAUUUGUGAAUGCUAUUUUCAUAGAUAUAAAAAUGUCAUUUAAGUGAGCUUGAUCCACAAUUAAACUACAUAUAUCCUUAAACUACACAUAUCUGUCUUUAAAGGUAAAUUACCUAGAGUAUUUUUUCAGUUGUAAUAUGAAACACUUAUUAACUAAGUUAUUUUAGCUGAAAUUUUCAUUGAAUCAUUCAAAAAUGUGUUCCUUAGGAAAAUGGUUUUUUAGUGUUUAAUUUUAGUUUUUGCCCCAAUAGUCAACUCUUAUCCUAGUUUGAAUGUUUUCUAAUUAAAAAUCAAGUACAUAAAGUUUUUUUUGUUUGUUUUUUUUUUUACUAAUUGGGAUAUAGGAAGAAAUUAGUUCUCCACCACUAAUGGAUAUUUCACAUUAUGGGAAUAGUAUUUCCUAAAUUGUAUUGGUUUUCAAAUAAUUUGCCUUUAAAAGUGCUGACAUACACUAUUCAGAAGGUUUUAUUUGAGUACUAAAUUCACUUAAUAUAUCCAGAUGUUCUUUUCUUACUGAAGAAACACAGUACAUACUACUUUUUAAAUUAUAUAGCUUAUGUCUAUAUAACUGAUAGAUAAAAUUUGAAAUAGAAUCUAGGUAUCUGGAUUAUCAAAGGUUCUUGUAUGAUUUCUAUUCACAAUAAGCAAUACAAACUUUUAAAAAUAACUUUAAAUCUCAGGUCAGUAUAGCUGAAAGAACACUGGCUGAUAUUCUAAAGAUGUUUCAUUGAUUAUAUCAACUAUAUCUCAGCUACUAUUCUAUUUUUCUUAAGUGAGAGUGUUUAAUAUCUACUUUUUUGUGACAAUAAAAUUUUAACUGAGAUUAUCAAGAAACAAGUUAAACCUCCCUCACUGUUAAUAUUUUUUAUUUAUCAAGACAAGUCCUUCUACUAAAUAUAAAUUAAUGAAAAUUCUAGUAACUGUUUAAAAUUUUAAUCGGUAUAGUAAGUAUUCCCUUUUAUAUCAUAGUAAUUAACAUAUCUCUUGAAAAAAAGGGCUACUUAAAUCACUUCUAACAUCUGUUUCAAUAAUUACAAGAACUCAUACAACAUCAUGAGUUCAGUUUGUAGUAACUAAAGUAUUACCUACGAGAUGGUUUUACAUCUUUUACAUCUUGAAUUCUUUGGCAGUGAAAACCCCAUGUUCAUUAUGAUAAAAAUUCCUAAGACUGAUGUAGGACUAAAUUUCUUAUCUUCAUAGCAUUGAAAUUUCUUAAUUUGACUUUAUUUCUAAUUAUCUUAAAGAUCACUGGCAAUACUUGUGAUGAAAACCCAAAUACACAAUGACGGAUGGCUUCACAACUGAAAUAAAUGUCAUGGAAUAUGCAGGA